GCUGUGGCGGGUCACGCAGCUUAGCAAUCUGCCCAGACGCUGGCACGUUGGCAGCGUCGGCUUCUUCUGGGACUUGGCCUGUUCCACGGAGAUUGUGGACGCAAGCAUCAUCGCCAGUGGAUGGGCGCUGGGCUUCGAGGCCCAGAAUGCCUUCUGGCAGAAUGGCAGCAGCCGCGCUGAGUGGGCAUCUGCUUGCGAUGGCUGCGGUUCGCAGCAGGCCUGGCUCGGUGUUGCUCUGCCGCUGCCCUCGUGGCCUCGCUGC